AUGGUUUGCGAUAAUUGUCAAAAGAAAGUAGGUACUGUUGCGACACAAGAUGUUUGGAAAAGUGGUUCUCGUAAUACAGUUGAAAGUGGUGGUAGAAAAUUAAAUGAAAAUAAAUUAUUAACAGGAAAAUCAACACGAUACAGCCCAUAUACAACAAAAUUCAAUAAAUGUAAGGUUUGUAAAGCUACAGUUCAUCAACCAGGAGGUACUUACUGCCAAGCUUGCUCGUAUAAAUUAGGUAUCUGUGGAAUGUGUGGUGUAAAAAUUUUACAAACAAAAAAUUAUCGUCAAUCGGCUGUUUAG